AUGGCGAGGGCAUGCCUUGUGCUCCUGCUCUGCGUGGUAUCCCUUGCGCAUAAGGUUCAGAGAAAUGUAGUUUUGCGCAGCCGGCUGCAUGGUGUUGUAGCGACACAGCAGAAGCAGCAGCAGCUGCGCUUGUGCAAUGCCUAUCCAUACGAAGCUGCCAUUGAUGUCUUUCAAGGAAAGGAGAAGCUGACGACAGACAAGCAGCUUCCGUACCGGCAAUGCCGUGAUUUUGACGUUUCACUCAAGGCCAAUGACAAAUUGGACAUCAAGAUCGGCAAUGUCACCACUGGAACUUUUUCUGUGUCGGAAGUGCCCGAAUCCACCGCGCUCCUGUUGCUGGUGGUUUAUCGCCACGAUGUUGAGAGCACAGCCGUGUCGUUCGAGUCCCACAUGUUCAUGGCGGACGAUCCCAACCCACAGGUUGCGAUCAUCGACGCUUUUCUUGGCACUACUGAAUUCAGGCCGAUAAUCUACGCUGGAAACUUGUCGGAGACGCUUCGGUUUGGCAGAGUCAUCUCCUUGAACCCAGGGGACUACACCAUUCGCCUCCAGAAUGAUGCAAACGUGACUCAGGAUGUGGUCCCGGUGCGAGCGCGCAAAGGGGACAAGUACGUGGUGCUGCGCUCUGGCAUCCAGGCCCAGCGCGGGCCCAGUUUCCAGCAGGAGCUGAUUACAUAUCCCGAACCGGAGAAGGAUCUGCUGCCAAGCUUGAAGAGCAGCGCGCGCUCCGCUCGCGCCAGUGCUCUGCUGAUUCCUGCGAUCAUGAUCGCUUUUCAGCAGCGCCUUGGCGGCCUCGCGCUGCUGGCCGCGCUGCUGGCCCCAGCGCAGGCGAUGCAGCUCUCGCCUGCGACCCCGCGCAAAGCUUUCGAGGCUGCGCCUCGGAACCAGAUGCCGCAGCUGAGGGUCUGCAACGCCUUCCCAUCCAGCGAGCCCCUGUCCGUGGCCUGGAGGGAGACUAUCCUGACUGGCGACGAGCCUUUAUCGUACAAGGCAUGUCGGGACGUGCCCCUGUCGAGCGCAAUGAAGGCAGGUGAGAGGCUGCACAUUGGAUUGCGGAAUGGCCCAAGCAACACCUUCCAACUCUCGGACCUUCCGAAGUCGGCAUCGCUUCUGCUCCUGGUCUGUUUUCGCCAGGGCAAAAACUCCCUGGAUCUUCAAUUUCGUUCCCAUGCAUUCGAGCCUGUACAGAACGAGUCUGUCCCUGUUGCCGUGUUGGACACUUACGAUGGCCCUGAGAAGUCCGAAGUGCGAAUCGGUCGGGACAUGGAGGUGAACGCAGGCGGUGGCGAGCAGCUGUGGUAUGACUCAGUUGUUUCUGUCAGUCCUGGCAGCUACCGGCUCUGGUUGCGCAGCGAGGAUGCGACCAAGGAUGAUCUGCGAUUUGCCGCUAGCACCUCCUCCACCUACGUGGUCAUUCGUGUGGGAGGGGAAGCUCACGAGUCCUCGGAGGGCAUGGAGUUUCCACAGGAGUUGAUGAUCUUUCCAAAGAGUGAGACAAGCAGGGAACCUCUACGAGACCGCUACGCGCACCAAAGGAGUAGCACGUCGUCUGCUGGCGCGAGCCUGCUGAUUAUGUGUGGGGCAGUGAUGGCCCUCUUGUGGUGA